AUAAAUAAUUGAUGAAAGAAUUUUAUGCAGACGGUCGCGCAGACUGUCUGUUUUUCAUGAACAGUUCUUGUAAUAAAGGAAAUUUAUGUAUUUAUAGACAUAGCAUAGCAGCUCGCGAAAGUCGUGUACAAUGUAAAGAGUUUCAACAACGACAAACAUGUACUAAAAUUGGGUGUGGUGACCGUCAUUUAACAAGUUAUAUUAGCGGGACUUAUUGUUAUUGGGAAACAACACCUACAGGAUGUACAAAAGCAAUUUGUCCGUUUAAGCAUCAUGAUCAACCUGGUUCUGGAAAACAGUUUCUUUUAUCUAAUUUUCAGAAUGAUAUUUUAGAAUCUCAAAAAAAUACUACUGUUGAUUCAAAUUUUUCUGAAAAAGCAGAAUUAAAUAUUUCAUCUUCAGAAAUAAAACAAAAUGAUGAAAAGCAAUUAGAUGUAUCUCAGUUCCCUGUAAUUAUGGAAUCGGAGAAAAAAAAGUCUCUAUUUAAUGAAGAUGAAGUAGAUAAGAGAAAACGUAAACCUGAAUCUGUAUUAUUAGCACCAACACAUCCGAAAAAACAAGAAAAAUCACCUUUAAAGGAAAAUAUAAAAAUAACUUCUCAAGCUCUACAGAAUUCUGCUGCUUCCACUCUUAUACCUACUGGACCUAAAGCUCAAAGAAAUAUUUUUCAACAGAAAACUAGUCUUAAAAAUUCUAAAACUAAUAAUUCUAGAAAGCAAGAGAAGCGUGGAUUAUCAACAGCUCAUGAGAAAGAUAAUGUCGAAUUUAGGGUUCGAACAUUAGAGGAAAUAAGAGAAGAGAAAGCUGCCAGAUUUAAACUAAUGGAAAAAAGUAAAGAAUUAGCUAGCGAAGAUAAAAUACAAACUAAAGAAUUUUCAAAUAUUACUCGGAAUAAUUUAAUAGAUAAUUCCAGAUCAGAUACAGAUGAGAAAGUUCAAAAUAUAAAAUGUACAGACCAAGCUAAAAUAGAAAUUCAUUCUGAAAUUUUUUCUUUUCAAAAAAACACUAUUAAAUCUGAAGAUCAAUUAACUGAUGAUAUAAAAAAUAAUCUAAAUUCGAAUUUAUUGCUAUCGGACGAUGAUCUGGAGUUUUUGAAUGAUAAUGAAAAUAAUGUAAUUGAUAUUAUUCAUGAAAAUAAUGGUUUUGAAGAUGACGAAUUAGCUGCAUUUGAACGUGAAUUAAAAAUGUAA